GAGCUAAAGAGCAGGAGUGGAGGAGAGGAAAGAAGUGAAGGAGGCGGGAUCCGUCUGGGCAGAGGGGAAGGAGACGAGAGGAGGAAGUGGGAGUACUUUAUUCACUAUGGAGGAAAGACAAAGACCUACAUCUGAGAUCUACCUCCCAAGCAUCAGUCUUGGAUCUGCUGAUGCUGAAACAGUGGAGAACCAUGAGUUGCCAUUCAUUUCUUUAUCCAAAAACUCGACAGAAAUGGUGAGUGGACCUCCUCAACGAACGGAGCUGGCAUGGUCCCGUCAGAACUUGCGUAAGAGCGUCAGCAGUGCAGCAUGUACUCAAAGGCCUAUCAGUCUGGGUGGACCGUCGUCAGGAGUCCCUGUGAACAUUUGUGACCAUGAACAGGGGAGCAUGUGCAGUGGCAACAGCACCCCUGAGACUGUAAUCUGGCUUGGAGGACCUGCAAGAUCCUGGAGUGUCAUGGAGGACUCGCCCAGAAGAAUUCCAAUGCAAGAUCCACUCUUGGGGCAAAAUCAGGUCCAUAGUGGUGUGAAGUGUGUGCCACACUCACCAUCCACAAAUAGAGAUUUAAGGAUGAAGGGUCUGAUGUGCAGGGAGGGAUGUUGUCCAUGUUGCGGACCUGCAGAGAACCUGACAGGGUGCAGCUGUUGCAGAGUGCCUUGUAGAAUGAGUUCUUCGGGUCUGAGCAACAACUUCACACCACAGGGAGCGAAUACAGAAGACCAUGCUCAGAGCAACUGUGAAAGUCAUCAUUUAACUGCAUGCCACAGAUCUACCUGUUCUGGUCACAUGAUGAACACUGCCUGUUUGAGAAAUACUUGCAGUGUUGUUCCAUGCUCUGGACAUUUGAUAGCACGGCCACCUUGUGCAGGGAGCCCUUGUGCAGGACAAAGAUCACUGCUGCAUUCAGGCUUGCUCGGUUUUCCACCACUUGUGUCCUCAGUCAGCGAGACCAGACUUGACAGCUGCAGUACAGGCCAUUUCUGUGGAUCUGAGUUUAGGGGGCAGAACUCUUCUCGCCUUCGACUAGACAGAACAGGCCAGACUGGAUUUAACAGGACAGUCAAAGAUGCCACUACCAUGACAUCUGACCAUGAGCUCAGAGAUGUUGGUGUGCAAACCCUGUCUGAUUCCCUUGCUUCCCCUCUUUCUCAUGUGUUUCCUGAAAUUAGUUUAAGAGCGGAUCCUAUUUCAGAAGCACCUUCGGCGCACAUGUGUCAUAGGACCCCUGUGAAGGAGGUGGAAUGGGAUGCUGAGGGUAUGACAUGGGAGGUGUAUGGUGCAGCUGUGGACCCUGAAGAGCUUGGCCUAGCAAUUCAAAGGCAUCUGGAACUUCAGAUCAAAGAGACUGCAGCUGCGGCAGCUGCAGCUGCUCAAACGCAAGACUCCACGGACAAUGUCAGCAGCCUGGCACUGCAGCCCAGGCGACGGAAGAAGAGCGAAGGCAUUAUAAGUUCAGUGUGUUGCUCUAACCCCAGUACUGUGGGAGACUGAAGUGAUCAUCGAAGGUCUGGAGAUUGCCUUUUCAGUUUGUGGAUGCCUAGGUUAGGUAAAGAAAGGUACAGGCUUUUCCUGGAAGGUGGAAAUGGAUUGAGACUGGCAUAUAUAUUUAUUUAGCUAAAGAAAAUGGUCCUUAAAUUAUAUCUCUAAAUAUUCCAAAGCCUUGUCUGCUUAGUUGAAGCUAUUAAAGCUCCACUGUUGGUUAGGUAGAGCAGUGAUGUUCAGAGAUACAUUGCAAGCUAGCGUUGCAUAGAGCUACCAUACAAAGUUUACAUAUAAUGGGGUGUUUCUACCUUACUUCACACAUGGACUUGUCCCUGUCUUGACCUCCAACGUAUUUUUUAGAUGCCCCUUUCGGCCCAAAAUAUCAAAAUAAAGAUUUUGGUGAGCUCUGAGUAUUUUCAUUUUGUAAAAUGCUAUUUAUAGGUUAAAAAUGUCUGGUUGUACUUGUUGGAUUUUGUCAAGCAAACAACAGAUUACUGAACAUUAGCGAUGGGGUACAUUAAAAUUAGCAAAACCCUUGGACACCCUGAAGGGCUCCCUGGAGUAUGAUCUGAAGGCUACUUCUAGUUAUUCUAUGCGCUAGCCCUCAAAUCACGAUGGAUUUAGAUUUCUUUGUUUUCUGGUCUCACAGAUUCAUGGUGUUAAACCCUUUGUAGUCAAUGAUAAUCAACCAGUACUAAA